AUGGACAAUUACACAGAAUAUGACUCUCCAAAAAAAGAAGAAGAAAACUCAUCAAAACUCAUCAUCUUCAAGAUAUGCAUAUAUGUUGUCACCUUAGUCAUAGGUGUCAUUGGAAAUGGACUUGUCAUCUUUGUAACCGGUUACAAAAUGAAGACGACAGUCAACUCCAUUUGGUUUCUUAACUUGGCAAUUGCAGACUUCAUUUUUAUUAUGUUCUUGGUUUACAAAAUUGCUUUUGCCUUUGAUGAGAAAAUAUUUUGGCACUUCACCCAACUCAUGAUGGCAUGUUUGGAUAUUGUUUUUGUACUAAAUAUGUUUGCAAGUGUUUUCUUUCUGACAGUUAUCAGUCUAGACCGAUGUCUGUGCACAUGGUUUGUUGUUUGGGCUCAGAACAAACGAACUUUAGUCAAAGCCAGAAUCUUUAGUGUAUAUGUGUGGAUUUUAGCAAUCUGCUGCAGCAUCCCUUUUGGCCUUGCGGGGUAUGGAAAUGUCAAUAUCAAUAUUUCUCUGUUCACAUACAGGUUUAUUGUUGGAUUUGUAAUUCCCUUUAUAAUCAUUGCAUCUUCAUACAUAGCUAUUGGUGUGCGGAUAAAACGUCUCAAAAGAGGAAAUCACCUCCGGCCUUUUUGGCUCAUUAUAUCUGUGAUUCUGGCUUUUUUCAUAUGCUUGUGUCCUUUCCAUGUUCAACGACUGUGUCACAUAAGUGCUGUGAAGUAUAACUGGAGUGACAGUGCUAGAGAGAAACUUAUUGCUGCAAAACCUUUUGUAGACUGUCUGGCUUAUUUUAACAGUUGUCUGAACCCCAUUAUCUAUGUGUUCAUGUGUGAUGAGUAUAAGAAGAAACUUAAAAAGUCUCUCCUGCUGGUGUUUGAGGGGGCUUUUACUGAAGAGCAUCUGGGUUUGAGGUCAACUCCACUUCACAAUUCGCAAUGUCAGCAGGUAUUAAGUGUACAGACAGAAGACACAACCAUCUGAAGCUUUCCUGGAUGGAAGAGAACAGAACCAUUUUAAGCUUCAGUCUUUAGAUGAUUGGAGAUAUACAUUUGUAAUUUGGAGAUAAAGAUUUCUCAAGUUCUCCUCCAUUCUCCAGUAUUCAGACAAACAGAAAGUCUCACUCCAAUCUCUUGCCAACAGCUCAAUGUAUUGAUGAAGAGGAAGUGAAGAUUCAAUCUACAAAUCUCUUAGGUUAAUUCUGGGACUUACUUAGUUUCCUGUUUUGUUAUACACAACCAUUAUGUUAUAAUACUGUUAAUGCAAAUGUUAUCCUUGUUAUCUUCUGAAUCAAUA